ACUGUAACAGUGGCUGGUGACGAACGACUCAACGUCAGCUAGCUGAGAGUGAAUGCCUCAGUCUGAUAACUGGUGGUUUCGUGUUUGGAUCGUGAUUGCGCUUCAAUGAAAUUAGAGAACGACGGCAGCGGCGACGACGAGAACGGAAAAGAAGAACAAUUCAAGAAGUUUGACUUGAAAUCGGGAAGCGAAGAACAUGUUUUCGGCAUCUCAGUUCAGUUGGGCUGUUUCUGUGUUAAUGACGGUUUCAACAAAUAAAUGUGUCUCAUAAAUUAGUGAACGAAACGAUUGACUAGCUAAAUUGAAAUGACCAGUGAAUUCCAAAAUAGAAAUAAUUAAAUUCAAGAAACACAAGGGUUUCAAUACCAAAAACAAAGAAAAAACAACAACAAAUAAAACCAGCUACGAAAAACAAAAGAACGGUGGCAUUAAACGUCAACGCUUGAACUAUUUACCUAAUAUCCGUGUUAAGCUACUUGCUAAUAAAACCACUUUGACUCUUGACAAACGCAGAAAUAGAACCUUUAACCCUUCAACUAGUUAUUGCCAAGCUCCGUUCACAAAAAAAUACGCUUUACGCUGGAAAAGCGAAACAAAUAAAUUGUCAUGUUGAUUGAAUCGGGUAUCAAUCGCGACUUUGGAUCUAUAGCACCAGGCAGUUUCAAUAUACCAGCACACUGGAAGAUGGAUCCACCCCGAAUUCCUGCACUGAAUACUCCCGCAGCUGCAAAUGUAGCGGGUGCAAUGCCACCUCUUCACCCCAACGUGGGACUGGUACCCUCCGGGCAAAUACCGGGAUCUGCAAUAUUCACAGGCGGAGCCAAUGGCCAACCAUCCCCCAGCACGCUGAGUGCUCUGGUAUCUCAACAACGACUAUUGGAACUAUCACGAUUCAGUGGUUUACGAGGAUAUGAUAUCGCCCAGCACAUGCUGACACAACAGGGUGCGGUAUCCAAGCUAUUGGGUUCCUUGCGACCACCUGGCCUAAUUGGUGGCUCGAAGCCAAAAGUGGCCACUCCAACAGUGGUGUCCAAAAUCGAACAGUACAAACGGGAGAAUCCAACGAUAUUUGCAUGGGAAAUACGAGAACGUUUGAUAUCCGAAGGUGUUUGUACCAAUGCUACAGCGCCCUCAGUAUCAUCCAUAAAUCGAAUUUUGAGAAAUCGAGCAGCGGAACGGGUUGCAAAUGAGUUUGCUCGCACUGCGGCCUAUGGACUGUACCCGCCUCAUCCGUAUGGAGGUUUCUCGUGGCAUCCAGCAGCUGCUGCAGCUGCGGCAUCUACGGGUGGAUCGUCACCACACUUUUGGUCGCCGGCCAUGAGUGCAGGACCUGCUUUAACAACGAUGCCUCCUGUAAGCCAUUCUGCGUCUGUCAUAAAUGUCAACAGCACAAGUAGGGCAAUUUCUCCCAGUUCUGGCAGCCACGAUACGUUGGAGUCGCCGGACGACAGCCGUCACAUUGAUUCAGAUUAUUUGGACGAUGACGACGAACCGAAAUUCCGAAGAAACCGCACCACAUUUACGCCUGAACAACUUGAAGAGUUGGAGAAGGAAUUCGAUAAAAGUCACUAUCCAUGUGUGAGCACCAGAGAACGUCUAUCCAGUCGUACAUCACUAAGCGAGGCCAGAGUACAGGUUUGGUUUUCGAACAGAAGGGCAAAGUGGCGUCGGCAUCAACGCAUGAACCUCUUGAAACGGCGGUCAAGUCCCACUGGCAACACAUCGACCGCACACUAUUCCCAACAAUCGCUUGAAACUUGCAGCAAUCCUACAUCGACAUCUCCUACGCCCAGCACAAACAGUAACGCCUCGACCUGCCCGAAUGACCAAUCAUCGAGCAUAACACAACAGUCACAUUCAGCUCCCCCAUCUUCGGACCCUUCCUUGCUGCCAGGUCAUCAAGCUGGCCAGCCUGUUCAGCCACAGCCUUCACUUCAAGCUCACAUGUCCAAUAUGCAUUCCCAUCACGGCGAUCCGCAGUCUGCAGCUGCCGCUUUACUGCUCAACCAUUAUCACCAACAGCACCAACAAUUAGCUAAGGGCCAAUCGCCAAACUUGGCCAUGCCGGCGACGUCCUUUGGGGUGCUGGGCAGUGAGUCGCACCAACAAUUGGCAGCAGCCAUAGCUACAGGAUCCCCCACUCUCUCCAUGGGAGGAGAACACAGUGCUUUCAGGUCGUUGGUUAGCACGCCUUCGGCCGCAGCCUUUGCCCUUGGCCUGGCCCGUCAGUAUGCCGUAGCUGCUUCUUUAUCAGCCGCUGAUAAUGGAAAGCACUUAUCUGCGACCAGCGAACAAGCGUCGAAGCCAGUUUCAAUUAAUGACUCCGAUUCGGACGAUGAAGAAAUAAAUGUACACGACGAUUCUAAUGACGCCGAGGCCAGUUUUUACUCUUCGGCAUCUGGUUCCGAGGCCAAUCAACAACCUAGAGUUCCUAUGCAGUUGGUCAAGCAUGAACGCUGAUUUAAGGGUGCUUACGGCAAUGCGGAAUCUGGUGCUAUGAACCCCGAAUAGAAGCAAUUGUCAAUGUGCAAUCAUACGCUUAUAAACGAUAUCUUUACCAAAGUUUUUCCAAGACUUAACUCAUAAAGUUUUCUUCAUGCGGCAUCAAACGCAAACACCCAGCCUUGUCCUCUUUGCAGAUCGCCCCGACCCUCUUAAUCGUAAAUACACAGCUCACACGCUGACUUGUACUUUAGUUCCCGAAUGACAAGAGCGUUGAUCGAACCGGACAAUAAUGUAAAUGGCGGCGGCAAAGGCGGUAUAGAAACAAUGGGAAAUUCGCCCGAAUUACUUAAUAUGACUUAGAUGCAAUCACGUCAAUGAUGUACAGUAGAAUACAAAUGUUUCAAUUACAAUUUAACUAAUUACGUAUUGAAUUUAAAUUUAGUCUUUCUCUCUCUCUAUUUCUCUCCCCAGACUUCUUAUCAACUCAUUUAAGUAGCAAUUGAAUAAACUCUCUACUUUCAAAAAA